AUGGCGCAGAAAAGGAAGAAUAAUGGAGAAAUAGCAAAUAGUUUUGCUACGAAGAAACAUAAAACGAUGAAAAAAGCUAAUUUUAUGCUCUCUGCUCUGUUAUCUCCUCUAUUCUCCUUGCUAACCAACAACAAUUUUUUAAGUAAAUUAUUAGGGAAGAAGACGCCAUUGAAGCCCUCAAUUGAUCAGCUGGAUGUUCAUGAUCGGGUCAUGGUUUGCGUUCCAGAGGAAAUACUUGUCAACAUUCUCAGCAGGUUAUCUGUGCGGUUUCUUCUUCGAUUUAAAUGCGUUUCCAAAUUUUGCUCAACAUUGAUAUCUGAUCCUUACUUUACAAUGAAGCAUCUCAAUCGUGCCAAGAAUGACCAAGAUUCCCAAAAGCUUCUUAUCAACCAACGGUGCCCUGAGGAUUCUAUAUUCUCUCUAUAUUGUUGUCCUUUAUCGCCUAUUCAACAGGUUAAGGAUGUACAAAAACUUAAACUUGAUUCCCCUUCAACCCUUAAACCAAGGCAUUGCAUGAUCCAUUGUUGUUACAAUGGCUUAGCUAUUAUCGAGAUUCGUGAUAAAGAUCGCAUCAAAUAUUUGUUGUGGAACCCCUCAAUAAGAGAAUCAAUAGUACUUCCCCCUUUAGAAUGUCCUCGGGACGGAGGUUCUCGUUUUGGUUUGGGUUAUGACUCAAACAGUUGUGAUUAUAAGAUCCUUCAUAUGCACCAGAACGUACCUGGUCUCGAAUAUCCUAAUGAAAUUCUCGCGUUGAAAGAUGGCUCUUGGAGAAGCAUUGAUGAACAUCCUCGUGCCAAUCGCCGUUGGUUUUAUGCCAUGGAUUAUUUGCCAUUUAUACAUGCGGCAUUUCAUUGGCUCGAGGUUUCAAUAAAUUUUUUUGUGGUGUUUUCAUUUGAUAUUUCAAAUGAAGUGUACAGAGAGAUACCUUUGUCAGAGGAAAUAUUAAGCUUGAGGUCAGGCCCUAACAAUGUUGGUGUUUCUGCGUUGGAAGGAAUGCUUUGUGUUCAUUCUAAUCCCUUUUUCACGGGAAAGGCUACUUUUAAGGUAUGGAUAUUAAAAGAGUAUGGUGUCAAGGAAUCUUGGAUGUCAUUGUUAACUAUAGUGAUAAAUACUCCAUAUUUUAAUUCCUCACCGAGAUAUAGGUUUGCGGAUGGUGAAGUCCUAUUCUGGUGCGUGAAUCUUGAAACUAGAGGGCACGCAUUUAGGACGGUCAGUAGCAUUUAG